UCAGUAUGCGGAACUCCCUACAGACUCACGAUGAGGAGGGAGGAGGAGAAGAGGAGGAGGAGGAUGUUGUGAAGUCACUUGGUUGUAACUGACCGAACCACUUGCUCGCCGUGCAGUAGGCGGACGCACAUCCCGCAUCAUUUACGUUGCCCUGAGCUAGUCAGACUAAGUCGUACGCCUCCGUCAGAACAUCCAAAUGGUCAAUAUCAUUAAUUUAAGACUGAAUUUCAAAGGACAGCCUGAGAGGACAGUCUCUCCCUUCUCCGUGACCGAAGAGGACACCUAGAACUCGGGCCGUCUUUGGCAGCUGGCUUCUCGGCGAACGUUAGCGGCUAACAGGCUAACGCAACCAGGUCUGUCUUUUGUCUCCGCCAUCAUGAUAUGUAAAGAUCUUAGUUUCAACUAUACACCUGUUAUGGAAAGUCAUCACUGAGCCUACAAGGAACAACUUUCCUGGAUGCUUUGACAUACAGGACACAGUCAAAGAUGGAGAAAAAGAAAAUGUGCCCACGCCUUCUUGACUACUUGGUAGUGGUUGGAGCAAGGCAACCAAGUAGUGACAGUGUGGCCCAGACACCUCAGCUUCUUCGCCGCUACCCAUUGGAAGACCACCCAGACUUCCCCCUCCCACCGGACGUGGUGUUCUUCUGCCAGCCGGAGGGCUGUCUGAGUAUAAGACAGCGCAGGGUUAGUCUGCGUGACGACUCCUCGUUUGUCUUCACGCUAACCGACAAAGACUCAGGCACCACCCGCUAUGGAAUCUGCGUCAACUUUUACCGAUCUUUCCAACGCGGACAUCACCGUCCUCGAGGAGACAAGAGCGGUCACACGGAGACGACAGCAAAGGCUGCUGAAACCACAAGCGAAGUGUCAGAUGGCAGCAGCGGAGAGUCAUCUACUGUGUUACCUGCAUCUACUAGCACUGAAUCCGCACCUCCACCUGCCUCUGGAGAACAGAGUGAGCAGGCGGGUGACGAGCUCAACUCUGGAAAGUCUCCCCAGCACAGACGGAACGCUGCAAAGCUGGCAGCUAGAAACCGCAACAGCACUCUGACCUCACUGUGCAUACUCAGCCACUACCCGUUCUUCUCCACUUUUAGGGAGUGCUUAUAUAUUCUCAAAAGGCUAGUAGACUGUUGCAGUCAAAGGUUAACUCAGAGAGCUGGCCUUCCACGUGCCACCCAAAGGGACACUAUGUGGCGAGUGUUCACUGGAGCCUUGUCGGUGGAAGAAAAAGGCAGUCAGCUGCUGGCUGAUCUUCGGGACAUCGAGUCCUGGGUGUACAGGUUACUGCGCUCACCUGUGCCGAUUGCGAGUCAAAGGCGCGUGGAUGUGGAGGUGCUGCCCCAAGAGCUCAAACGAGCACUUAACUUUGCUUUACCUGACAACUCUCGCUUCACCUUGGUGGACUUCCCCCUGCACCUGCCCCUGGAACUGCUGGGUGUGGACGCCUGCCUGCAGGUCCUCAGCUGUGUUCUGUUAGAGCACAAGGUAAUUCUUCAGUCCCGGGAUUACAAUGCUUUGUCCAUGAGUGUCAUGGCUUUUGUGGCAAUGAUCUAUCCACUGGAGUACAUGUUUCCUGUCAUCCCCUUACUGCCAACAUGCAUGGCGUCUGCAGAACAACUCCUUCUUGCUCCAACCCCUUAUAUAAUUGGUGUACCAGCCAGCUUCUUCCUCUACAAAUCAGAUUUCAAAAUGCCAGAUGAUGUUUGGCUUGUUGACCUUGACAGCAGCAAGGUUAUAGUCCCCACAAAUGCUGAGUCUUUGCCACCUCUACCAGAACCAGAAGCAGGCGAGCUUAAGAAACAUCUCAAACAGUGUCUGGUUAGGUUGACCGUGAUCACCCAAAAGCAGAUCUUCUCCUCUGAACAUAAGGCCUUAGCCAGCAUGAGCUUGAACACGCAACCGAUUCUGAACCUGGAGAAGUUCCAGGAAGGACAGGAGAUGUCCCUGCUGCCGCCUGGACGAGACAAGGCCUCGCCUUCUUCUACAGAGUUCAACCCUCUUAUUUACGGCAACGACGUUGAUUCUGUGGAUGUAGCCACCAGGGUCGCCAUGGUGCGGUUCUUCAACUCACCAAACGUUCUGCAGGGCUUCCAGAUGCACACUCGCACCUUACGCCUUUUCCCGCGACCAGUGGUCGCUUUUCAGUCCACAUCUUUUCUUGCGUCUCGGCCACGGCGCUCCCUCUUUGCAGAUAAACUUUCUCACACCCAGGCAGUGGAGUUCUACGGAGAAUGGGCUCUUAAUCCCACCAACCUGGCCUUUCAGAGGAUACAUAACAAUGUCUUUGAUCCGUCCUUAAUCGGAGACAAGCCGAAGUGGUACGCUCACCAGCUGCAGUCAGUAGUAUACCGAGUGUAUGACGGAGGCUCCCAGCUGGUUGAGGCAAUGGCUGCUCCCUUGGAGGACGAGGCCAACGAUUCGGACCCCACAGACAGUGGUAGUGACAGUGAUGGAUAUGAUGACUCCAGCUCCUCCUAUUCCUCACUUGGAGACCUGGUGAGUGAGAUGAUUCAAGGUGACAUACAGGGAGACACACCAAACUUGGAUCCACCCACCCAUGCUGCGCUGGGAGACGCCAGCGAGGUCGAGUUUCAAGACUUAAGAGAUGGUCGUAACGCUGAAGGUCCACUUAGCGGAGACGGAGCUGCUGAACCCUCCGAUGGGCAACCCCUUCGCUCAAGCUCAAGCACAACUGCAAGCUCCAGCCCCAGCACAAUCAUCCAAGGAGUCAACCAUGAACUUGGGGAGGUACCUGAAAUCGAAGCGUCUGCAAGUGCAGCUUUACAAAACCCCGUCCCUGGAGUGAGCAGUGAGCAGUUUGUCCGGCCCGCGGCAGAUGCUGGUCUGAUCGACCCGGCCAACAAAAAGCAAGAGUACGAUAACCCCUACUUUGAGCCUCAGUACGGAUUCCCAUCUGAAGAUGAUCCUGAUGCAGAGGAGCAAGUGGAGUCCUACACCCCUCGAUUCAUCCAGAACCUGAACGGCAACAAGGCGCAGCGGCCUUUACGCCCCAGUAGUCUGAGGCUUCCUGGAGAGUCAGAUGGAGAGGGAGACUCUCGCAACAGCUCACCAAACUCCACCAUUUCCAACAGCAGCAAUGAUGGAUUUGGGGGACUCAUGUCAUUUGCCAGCAAUCUCUAUAAAAACCACGGCACCAGUUUCAGCCUGUCCAAUCUCGCCCUUCCCAACAAGGCAGCAAGAGAGAAAGCAACGCCAUUCCCCAGUCUGAAAGUAUUUGGGCUAAAUUCUCUAAUGGAGAUAAUUACAGAGGCCGGCCCGGGGAGCGGAGAAGUUCCUCCAGGUGCACGUGCUCCCCGAGCUCUUGUGGACCAGAAAUCUUCAGUGAUAAAACACAGUCCAACAGUGAAGAGAGAAUCGCCAUCGCCUCAGGGUCGAAUCAACAACACAAGUGAAAACCAGCAGUUCCUAAAGGAAGUGGUACAGAGUGUCCUUGACGGUCAGGGCGUUGGCUGGCUCAACAUGAAGAAAGUGCGCCGAUUGUUGGAAAACGAGCAGCUCCGAGUCUUUGUUCUCAGUAAACUGAACCGAGCGGUGCAGUCGGAGGAAGAUGCCCGGCAGGAAAUCAUACGUGACGUGGAGGUGAGCAGAAAGGUCUACAAAGGGAUGCUGGACAUCUUGAAGUGCACCGUUUCCAGUUUGGAGCAGUCUUACACCAAUGCAGGCCUUGGAGGAAUGGCCAGUGUCUUCAGCCUCCUAGAAAUAGCACGCACACAUUAUCAAACCAAAGACCCAGAAAAGCGCAAGCGAAGCCCCACUGACAGUGCUGGCAGCCCGGGAAGUAAAGAGAGCCCCUCUGGUCGUAUGGAGACGGCCAGACCUCAGGGCCUCCUGAACAUUCCCCACCUGCAGCUGCCUCACCACACAACGGGCAAAGGAGCCCGUCAUUUUGACACGCGGAGUCUGAACGAGGAGAACUUUAUUGCCUCCAUUGAAUUGUGGAGCAAGCACCAGGAUAAGCAAAAAGCUAUGGAAAAACCACAGAGGGCGGAAGGAGCAAAGCAGCAGCGUCCACAAGCGACUGAUGCAGAGGAGAAAAAAUCCCAGAUCAGUGCGGAUAGUGGCCUCAGUGUCGCAUCAGGGUCCCAGAAGAGUGACACAGAAUCGGUAACCGGCUCAGAACCACCAAUCCUGACAAGAAGCACCAGCCAGGACUCGGAGGCCAGCACAGUGAUAAGCAACAGCUCUGGAGAGACUCUGGGAGCAGACAGUGACCUGAGCAGCACAGCCGGAGACGGGCUGGGAGGAAGAACCGCUCCUCAUUUAGCUCAGUCCAGGGGGACGCUGUCCGACAGCGAGAUUGAAACCAAUCCAGCCACCAGUUCUGUGUUUGGAAAGACCCACACCCUCAAGCCCGGUGCUAAAGACCACGGACCUGCAGUGGCUAAAGGGCCGCCUGCACAACCCAUGGAGGACAUCAGCAUGAGGAUUUACCUCUGUGAAGGCCUGCUGGGGCGGGAUAAGAGCUCCGUCUGGGAUCAACUAGAGGAUGCUGCAAUGGAAACCUUUUCUCUAAGUAAGGAGCGCUCCACCCUCUGGGACCAGAUGCAGUUCUGGGAGGACGCCUACUUGGAUGCUGUGAUGUUGGAGCGUGAGGGCAUGGGGAUGGACCAGGGGCCGCAGGAGAUGAUCGAAAGAUACUUGUCGCUCGGAGAGCAUGACCGCAAACGCCUGGAGGACGACGAAGAUCGGCUUCUCGCAACUCUGCUGCACAACAUGAUCGCCUACAUGCUGAUGCUGAAAGUGAAUAAAAAUGACAUCAGAAAGAAGGUGAGGCGUUUGAUGGGCAAGUCGCACAUCGGCCUCACGUACAGCCAAGAGAUCAACGAAAUCCUGGACAAACUGGCAAACAUGAACGGUCGUGAGCUGUCCAUCAGGCCCAGUGGAAGUCGACACAUCAAAAAGCAAACCUUUGUUGUCCACGCUGGCACCGACACCACCGGAGACAUCUUUUUUAUGGAGGUGUGCGAUGACUGCAUCGUCCUGCGCAGCAACAUCGGCACCGUUUAUGAGCGCUGGUGGUACGAGAAGCUCAUCAACAUGACCUACUGCCCCAAGACCAAGGUGCUGUGUCUGUGGAGACGCAACGGCCAGGAGACGCAGCUCAACAAGUUCUACACCAAAAAGUGUCGUGAACUCUACUACUGUGUGAAGGACAGCAUGGAAAGAGCCGCAGCGAGGCAACAAAGCAUUAAACCAGGUCCAGAACUGGGCGGAGAGUUCCCCGUCCAGGACAUGAAGACCGGGGAAGGUGGACUUCUUCAAGUCACUCUGGAGGGAAUCAACCUCAAAUUCAUGCACAGCCAGGAGCGGAAGGUUUUCAUAGAGCUGAGUCACAUUAAAAAGUGCAAUACAGUGAAGGGGGUCUUUGUCCUGGAGGAAUUUGUUCCUGAAACUAAAGAAGUGGUGAUCCACAAGUACAAGACCCCCAUGGCGCAUCAGAUCUGUUACUCGGUCCUGUGUCUGUUCUCGUACGUGGCUGCAGUGAAGGGGAAAGACGCAGACGGAAAACCCAAGAUGCUCUCUCCGAGGCCUCUUCCUAGUUAGUCCCCCCCCCCCGCGCUCCUCCUGCUCCGUCCGUCCGUCUCCCUCGACGUGCCUCUCUACUUGAAAUGGCUUCUCAGACUUUUGACAAUCCCUAACUUAAGUAAGCACACGCCCCCUCCCCGUUUUCCCGUGUACAUAGCACCUGUGUAGACGCGUGGUCUGUGAUGUCAUGUAAAUAACCUCGUCCUGAUGUUCACGCCCGACUACUGAAGCACUCGCCUGCUCCUUCACUUAGUGGAGCUCUUCAACUCCUGAUGUUUUUGUUUUUUUCUGCUGCCAAGAACUACAGAGUGAGGGGUUUCCCACAGAGUGCAUGCAGGUCCCGUGCACAGCCUUGAUGUAACUACAGCGCAUCCCGCCCCCUUCCCCGACGCCCAUUCAGCUGUGUGUGUUAUUCUGUGAUUCGUGGUUAUUGUAAAGUUCCAGUCUGUCCAAGUAAAAACUGGUGAAACAUCCAGAAGCCCUCCUACAGUGUGGAGACCCCGCCCCCUGUACACUGCACCACAGCCACGCAUGUAAAGGCUUCUCCGUGGUGUUUGAACCCCGAAAACUGUGAGUGUUCUGCCUCUAGACUUACUGUUCUCCUGUAAAACUGCUCUCGUCUGUGGUCUGCUCUCGUUCUCUGCAUGUUACUAUAAGAAAAUAAAUAUUAUAUAUAUAUUUCUAUAUAUAGUAUUUAUUUAAUAUAUACAUUUUCUGACUGUACAUUUAUCUGAAAAAAUGUUACAAAAUGUUUAUUUGCUAGAUGUGCAAUACUUAAGAAGUAGUUAGCCAUUGCCGGGUGUUUGGAGUGACCUGGCUUUCACAGGGUGAGGAAUGUAAGAGAUUUUCUUUUCUAUCGGUGCGUUUCGGUCAGAGAUUUUAGUUUGUUCCGUCUUUAUAGGUAAACGUCGAUCAAUCGCACAAGGCGCAAAGCUGCUUUAUUUCCAUGGAGUGCUUAUUUGUCAGCAGGUGCAGAAGAGCGGAGAUCGUCGCAGUUUGACAGACGACCAGAUGGGGGGGGCUCUGCUCCUGUGCUUCUGGGAGUCCUGAUAUCUGCUUCUGGCAUUCUAAUAAACUCAAAAUUGAGUUAUGUUUGUCUCUUAAAUUGGAAAAACACAAGUAUAGACAUUAGAUAUGUUGGGAAAAAAAUGUAUAAAAUCCUAAAUUGUGAAAAAACAUGUUUGGAGAACAUCCCACCUGCUGACAGGAGGCUCCGCCCUCGCCUGCCUUUACAUUAAAAGUGAUCAUUCUACACAGAUUUCACUGUUUUUCCUGUGAAUUGACAAAAACUAUUAGACAUACAGGUGGUAAAGUCACGUGUAAGUCAAAUUAUUGAACAAUAAAAAUAAAAAUAUUUUCAGGAAAAACAAUGGAAGUCUGUUUGUGAUCUUCUCCGUCGGGGAUCAGGAAGCAGUUUGCCUCUGUGAUCGACUUGUCAUGCCUGCAGCUGAACCGAUCGGCUCCUCGAGGAUCCCGUCUAAAGAAAUGAAACUCCCUCCAUUGCUACUUUUCUUUUUUCACAGUUUUAGCGCGUGCGUGUGUAUGUGUGUGUAUGCAGUUUCUCCAGAUCAGCAAUAUAUUGGAAGAGGUUUUAUUUUGAUCCUGAUGUGCUUGUAUUUUCAUAGGUUUACUGUGCAAAGGAAAGGUAUAAUAAACAAAACUCCAUUUCAAAAUAAGAUCUGGGAGUUUUUUUUGUUGCUUAAAUUAACAUUUAAUUUUCUUUUGAGUUUUUUUUUUCUAAAUGCUGGAAUAUUAGAUUUCAUCUGUCAUUGUAUUCCAAAAAUGAUACUAGAAGUGAGUAUUCCAGAAUAAAGACGGUGUUGAUAGAAAACGUGCAGCUUUGGUUCUCAAUAAAGUUGUUCUAAAAGAA